AUGGCCUUGGCUCUGGUAGGAGAGGCAGUAAUCUCUGCUUCUGUGGAGAUCUUGUUAGAUAGAAUAACUUCUAAAGUGUUUCGAGAUUUUUUUGCCAGCAGGAGGCUCAAUGUUUCUCUGUUGGAUGAGUUGAAGAUAAAGCUUGGGGCACUUAAUGCUGUGCUCAAUGAUGCUGAGGAGAAGCAGAUCACUGAUGUUGCUGUGAAGACAUGGCUUGAUGAGUUGAAAGAUGCUGUCUUGGAUGCAGAAGAUGUAUUGGAUGAAAUCAACACUGAAUCUUUGAGAUACAAAGUGGAGGGAGAAUCUAAAAGCUUUGCCCAGGUGAGAUCAUUAUUUUCUUCUCCCUUUAAAACACACAAUUCCAAGCUCGAAGCAAUAGCUGUAAGGCUAGAACAUGUUGUGAAACAGAAGGAUAUUCUUGGUUUACAAAGUGUUUAUAGGAGAGUCUCUUGGAGCAAAAGUACAGAUUCGUUGGUUGAACCUGUUGUGGUUGCUAGAGAGGAUGACAAAGACAAGUUACUGAAGAUGCUUCUAUCUGAUGUUGAUGCCAAGUCUAAUAAUAUAGAAGUGAUCACAAUCCUAGGCGUGGGAGGUCUGGGCAAAACAACCCUUGCUCAAUGCCUUUAUAAUGAUAGUGAAGUGCAGAAACAUUUUGAUUUGAAAGCGUGGGUGUGGGUAUCGGACGUUUAUGAUGUUUUCAAGGUAACAGAACAAAUUGUUGAGUCUGUCUCGUCGAAAGAUUGUAAUAGUACCAAUCCACAUGUUCUUCGUAUUGAAUUAAAAAAUAGGUUGAAAGAUAAAAAAUUUUUGCUUGUGCUUGAUGACCUUUGGAAUGAAGCUUAUAAUGACUGGAAUCAAUUGAUAAUUCCUUUUACUAGUGGGAAAAAGGGAAGUAGGAUCAUUGUGACAACCCGACAACCAGAAGUUGCAAAGUUUACCCAUACAUUUCCCACUUAUGAGCUGAAAUCUCUGUCAGAGGAAAAUUGUUGGAGGAUACUCGCAAAUCAUGCAUUUGGAAAUGAAGGUUAUGACAAAUAUCCAAGUCUAGAAAAAAUUGGUCGGCAAAUUGCAAGAAAAUGUGAUGGCCUACCAUUAGCUGCUAAAACAUUGGGAGGUCUUUUGCGAUCAGAUGUUGAUGAAAAGGAAUGGAAAAGAGUUCUAAACAGCAAAUUAUGGGCACACAAUGAUGUCUUACCAGCUUUGCGCAUAAGUUAUCUUCAUCUUCCAGCACAUUUGAAAAGAUGUUUUGCCUAUUGCUCAAUCUUUCCAAAACAACAUCGGUUGGACAGGGAAGACUUGAUUUUGUUAUGGAUGGCUGAAGGCCUUCUACAACAAUCGUCAGAGAAAGAACUCGAAUUAGUUGGUUCUGAGUGCUUUAAAGAGUUAUUAUCCAGAUCCUUGAUUCAGAAAGACGAAGCUGUUGCAGAGGACAAGUUCCGAAUGCAUGACCUAAUUUAUGAUUUAGCUAGACUUGUUUCAGGGAAAAGAUCUCACUACCUGGAUUGCAGAGAAAUUCCAAAAAAUGUGCGCCAUCUAACUUUUUCUAGAAACCGUUAUGAUGUCUCAAAAAAAUUUGAUGGCUUCUAUAAGCUCAAGAGUUUGCGGACAUUUCUACCAUUGGAUAAAUGGGACUGUAACAUAACCAGCAAAGUGCCACAAGAUUUGUUGCCAAAACUAAAAUGCCUAAGAGUGCUGUCAUUGUCAAAAUAUAAUAAUAUCACUGAGCUGCCUAAUUCAAUUAACAUGUUGGUGCAUCUUCGGUAUCUUGACCUUUCCUACACUUCCGUCAAAAGGUUGCCUGAUGCGACCUUCAAGCUUUACAAUUUGCAGACUUUGAAAUUGUCAAAUUGUAAAUCUCUUGUUGAGCUACCAGCACAGAUAGGAAAUUUGGUCAAUCUGCGCCAUCUUGAUAUCAGUGACACAAAUUUGAUGGAGAUGCCAAUACAGAUAUACAGACUACAAAAUCUCCGUACAUUGACUUCCUUCAUUGUAGGCAAAGAAGAUGGAUUAAGGAUUAGCGAAUUAAGAAAAUUUCCGUGUCUGCAGAGUAAGCUUUCCAUUUUGAAGCUGCACGAUUUUGAUCCUAGCUAUGCAUUUCAAGCCAAAUUAAAGAACAAAGAGCAGAUUGAGGAGCUUAUGCUGGAGUGGGGCAGCGACCCACAAGAUUCACAAACUGAAAAAGCUGUACUUGACAACCUGCAACCAUCAACCAUGUUGAAGAAACUGAGCAUCAGAUGCUACAACGGCACAAGAUUUCCAGAAUGGAUCGGUGAUUCUUCAUAUUGCAAUGUUAGAGUCCUGCGUAUCAGUGACUGCAACUAUUGCGUGUUACUUCCGCCAUUUGGACAAUUGCCUUCUCUUAAAGAGCUUGUUCUUGAAAGGAUGACAAUGUUGAAGACAGUUGGUCAGGAGUUCUAUUGCAGCAUUGCAAGUUGCCCAUCCUUUCAGCCAUUUCCAUCGUUGGAAAGUCUCAUGUUCAAAGAAAUGUUAGAGUGGGAGGAGUGGGUACCAUUUGAAAGUGAAGGUAGCAACUUUCCUUUUCCUUGUCUGAAGAGUUUGUGUUUAUCCGAAUGUCCCUUGUUGAGAGGAAACUUGCCCAAUCGCCUACCUUGGUUGAAAGAGGUUCGUAUCGAAGGGUGCAACCAAUUAGAGGGGUUCGUAUCAAUUGAAAAGUGUGACAGCUUGCAGUGUUUGCCAAGAAUGAUACUUAAUGCCAACUGCCUUCGAGACUUGACUCUCAGAAAUAUCAAGUCUUCGAUUUCCCUCCCAACUGAUGGUUUGCCCACGUCAUUGCAAUCACUUGACAUUGGUGGCUGUGAGAGGUUAGAAUUUGUGUGUGAUGAAAGAUGGCACAAAUACACAUCACUUGAAUACCUUGGAAUCUCGGAGAGUUGUGAUUCGCUGGUGUCCUUUCCAUUAGAUUGUUUCCCAGCUCUUCGAGAACUUUACAUAUACGACUGUACCAACUUGGAAGCAAUUGAUAAUAAAGGAGGAGGGGCCUCUCCUAAUUUAUUAAAUCGUUUUACUGUCCAUAAUUGUAAGAAACUUAGGUCACUUCCAGAAGAGAUGGAUCUCCCUGCCCUUCAAUACUUGAGGCUUUAUAGCCUUCCAGAGCUAGGGUCGUUGUCUCCAGGGUUUUUGGCUUCCAGUUUACGGUAUCUUGAGGUUGAUGUUGGAAUACUUCAACCACAUUCAGGUCUCCAAUUCCAACGCCUCCCUCCUCUGUCACAACUUUAUCUUAAGGGUUUGAGGGAUGAAGAAGUGGUAAACACCUUGCUGAGGGAGCCAUCACUGCCCACUUCUCUCACGUCUCUGUGUCUAUCCAGUUUUCGUCGUUUAAAGCGGUUGGAAGGGACAGGGCUUCAACAUCUCCCUUCCCUAAAAAGGCUUCAUCUCUACGACUGUGUAUGGCUUGAGUCAUUGCCAGAGGAACAACUGCCAUCGUCUCUUGAAGUACUGUGGAUAGGGAGUUGUCCAUUGCUAGAAGAAAGGUAUAGAAAUGAGAAAGGGAAGCACUUCUCAAAGAUUGCUCACAUUCCUGUCAUACGCAUAAGCGAGCAAGUCAUAAUAGUAUGAGCGCUUCCUCCAAAGAUGGUAAAUUAGCUGAUGGACGUGUUUAUUGAUAUUUUCUUGCUACUGUGAUGGUGUCACUUCACAACACUCAUUUCAAUGAGGCUACUACAUUGUUCUUUCACCUUAGAAGCUUUCAUUUGAAGGAGCUGAACCCUUUAUAUGUUAUCAAGUUUAUCAAAACUAAUGGUUUGAAGUUAAUACCAUGAAUUGGAUUAUAUUUUUUUUUUCAAGAUUAAAAUGUAAUGAAUUAUAUUUAUGAUGCUUUUGUGGUGUCCUCCAAAUGUAGAUUUUGCAUUGGAGUUUGAAAGUAAUUUAAAUUGUUACUCAUGUUUUUU